UUCAGUCUCUUGACAGUCACAUUAGAAUACGGAUCAUACUCAUACCUAAAAAACAAUUUUUACUAAACAAAUUUUUUAGUUUUCCAGCUCUUUUCAAAAUGUCGAAAAUUUAUCUAAAGGCGAUGGAGGAGGUGGUGCAGCGCAACACGGACAACACGAACAGGAUCACGGAACAGGCGCAGGGAUUCGUGGUAUCGGAGAAUGCUAUGGAUAGUCUGCUGCACACAUCCUUCGAUCUGACUACGGCCCAGGGGAUUGUGAAGCACCUGCACACCAGUUUCCUGAAGUUGGCCCAGAGCUGCGUCCGUGAUUUGGAUCCCGAUGAUAAGCUUUGCUUUCUGCGCGUCAAAACCCGUAAGCACGAGUUUCUAGUGAGUCCGGAGGAGUGCUUCACCGUCACCGUGGUAUUGUAACCCCCCGUCGCCCAGUAGAGGGUUAAUACAGGAUGAAAUAUGUAGCUCGUAAGAGAAACAAGGACACAAGCUGGAACACUCCACAUGGCUACUGCUGCCCCACUCGCAAUUUGCUGAUGUUGUUGUUGCGGAUUGUCGUGUAUCUUUUACCCCCCAAAAAACUAAACGAGCCAUAAAAUUAUGAACAAAACAUUAAUGCGUGUGACUGGCCCAACUAAAUUAUGUUUAUUAUGUUAUUAAGAUGUUAGCAGAGAUGCCCCGAUGACGGCCAUUAAAACAACCACAAAGCGGGCAAAAAUCCGCAAAAAGCGGAAAA